UUUAUCUCGCGUUCAGUUUUGAUCAUCUGUAGAUCAGUUUUUAUCGUCUGUAUCAGGAUUUAACCUUCGCAAUCCUUUCUCUCUCUCUGAUCAUACCAUUCACUCUUCUCUCCUCUCUUCCCUUUAACGUCUCUUGUUUUUUUAUUCGAAUGAUUUAGAUAGAAUAGUUUCUAUCAACUGAUUAACGAGUGAGAUCUGUAUCAACCACAAUGGUGUACUGCAUUCACUCUGGGGAGAGAAUGGAUGACGGUUUCUUUUGUUGCGUAAUCUGUGGGAAGGUGUUGGAAGAUUACUUUUUUACUGAGGAGCCUACAUUUGUCAAGAAUACGGCAGGGCAGAGUAAAUUAUCAGGUAAUUAUGUAAGAACAGUUCAAAGCGAGUUCUCCGAGUCACGGCAAAGGACUUUAGAUAGAGCUCAUGAAGAGAUUAAAUUUCUAUGUUCUGGCCUUGGAGUUCAGGAUGAACAUAUGACUGACCAAGCACUUAACUUUUAUAAACUGGCGCUUGGGGAAAACUUCACUCGUGGACGUAAAUCAGAGCAAGUACAGGCUGCUUGUCUCUAUAUUGCAUUUCGGGACAACAACAAGCCGUACCUUCUUAUUGAUUUUUCAAAUUUUUUAAGAAUAGAUGUUUAUGCUCUAGGAUCAGUUUUCUUGCAGCUUUGUGAAGUGCUGAAGCUUGGAGAGCACCCAAUUGUUCAAAAGCCUAUUGAUCCUAGUCUUUUUAUUCACAGAUAUACUAAAGAGGAGGAUGAGAUGGGACCAGCGAAUGAUUACUGAAACGUUACAAAGUGCCCUUUCUACUUUUAUUAUCUGUUGCUAUUCAGCAUGGCUGGCUGCUCAACAGAAGAUUGCCAGAGACUGAAAUCUUUUUGUAUGCUGAAUUUUUCGUCCUAUUUCCUAUUCACUCCUCGCAUGCAUUUGCCAAAAUUUUGGAUGUCUUUUUACAAAGAAAUUGUCUGUUUUGACACAAAGCAAUGGUUUCGUUGUGUUUCAUAUCAACAGUCUACUUAACAAACAUGUGUACAAUGUUUUUUGUUAUAAUAGGCAAUAAAUUCAAAAUGAAGGAAGGUGUUUAAAAUA